GGGUGGAGGGGCCGUCCAAGGCCACGGGAGCAGACAGGAGAGAGGCAACGCUGUUACUGGGGCACAAACCAGCCUGGAGGAUUGACCCUUGGAUCCAGCAAGAGCCUGGCAGAGGCAGAGGAGGUUGAAGUAAGAGCCAAAACUGUGAGCUCGCUCUCUCCUUCCUGUUGCCACUUUCCCCUCCAAAAGACGGAUCAUCCUGCCAGCCACGCCAUGUCGUCAGACCCAACCACCCCUCCGACAGUCCCAACCCUCCACUCUCCGAAGUCGCCUGUCUGGCCCACCUUCCCCUUUCACCGGGAGGGAAGUCGGAUCUGGGAGCGGGGCAAUCUUCUCCUCCGGGACCUGCCCAGCCCCCUCCCCACCAAAAGAACCAGAACAUACUCUGCGACGGCUCGUGCCUCCGCUGGCCCUGUCUUCAAGGGUGUCUGUAAGCAGUUCUCACGCUCCCAGGGCCACGGCUUCAUCACUCCAGAGAAGGGCACAGAGGACAUAUUUGUACACGUGUCUGACAUCGAGGGGGAGUAUGUCCCCAUGGAAGGAGACGAGGUCACAUACAAAAUUUGCCCCAUUCCACCCAAGAACCAGAAGUUCCAGGCUGUGGAGGUGGUGCUCACCAACCUGGCCCCGCACACAAAGCACGAGACGUGGUCUGGCCAAAUAAUCGGCUCCUAGGCUUUGGGUGGAGUCUACAUGGGCUGGCUCAGUCUGGAGGCAGGGUGGGGGGGUGGUGACUAAGUCUGGGACAGCUGGCGUGGGGGGGAGAGGGGCGGGAUCACAUUUAUUGUUUGCAAAGUGACAUGUAGCCGUAUCCAUUCUGUGUCUUUUAUAAGAUUACAUUCUUGUUUGUAACUGUGUCUUCUUGGGGGCAGAGGGAGAGGCAGAGCUGCUUUGGGGCGGAUUCCCACUUUCCUACAUGUCAUGAGCUCGUGUGGUCUCUCCUCAGGGACAUGUGCAGAAGCCCCUGCUUUGUGUUGGGAGAGGAGAGGUGUGAACCCAGCAGGAGCUGAUGUCAAGUUUAUUCUGCUGCCUAUGCGAUCCAAACUCACCUCUCUUCCCUGAUCCCAACUCCUUCAGGAAGCUCCAGAUCCCCCAUGCAGGGGGCCAGGACAGCCAGUGUUCCAGCCCCCUAACUGCCCCAAAGCAGGCGCUAAGGAGAGCCAGGGGGAAUGAGGGGUGGACAGCAAUAUCCCUGGAGAGAGUGGGCAAGGAGGCACUCAUCAUUUGAGGGGUAGGGCAGCCCCACAGAGUCUUAAAGAAGCAUGUAGAUUGAAAGCUCCAAUUAGGGGUUCUAGAGUCUUUCCUGGGACUCUCUCACCUGGCAAGAGAUGAAAUUUAUUCCCCCUCCCAUCCAGCCAGUGAGGGGAGAAAAGAGGCAAAAUGGCAUGUACCUCCCCCAGGUCAUUUCAUACAUCUGCCUCCUGGCUCUGAGCAGCUGUGCUCCAUGGGCUCUGGAUCUGGCCACUGCUCUAGUGAGACUCAUUUGCACCCCCUUUGCCUCCUCUCUCUUUAAUUUCCCCCCAAUACUGGCAUCCUGAGCCUGGGGAGUAAUAAUAUACAGGGGGCUGGGUUUUUUGUUUUUUAAGGCAAUGGAAUGUACCACUGUGCAGGGGGACAGGGGAGUCUUUUAAAAUAUGAAUUAAGUCUCUCUCUCCCCCAACCCUUCCCUCAGAUCCCCACACAUGUGAUUGAGAGUUGCCAAAUCUCAUUAGUGUGGAGGAAGAUGUCCUAAAAACAACGAGGUUAGCUUUGAAAACCUCUUCCUGUCCAGAGCACCAGGAGACUUCGGCUCUAGUCUGUAUAAACUCACUGUGGGGCUUCGGGCAAGUCACUUAGGGAACAGGCUCAGAAGGGAUCUCGGAUUCUUAUUUCUUGGUGCUUCAGAUUUCAGUGGCCCAAUCUGAAUCAUCUUGGAUCUGAUGUUCAGAGGUGUUGAGCAUCCACAGUUCCCAAUCACUUCAUCUGGAGUUGUGUGUGCGUGGCACGUCCACAAAUCAGGGCCUAGGUGUCUCAGUAGAUGCUUUUCUGAACCUUCAUCUCUCUGCCUCCAUUUCCCCAUUGGGAUGAUGAAGUCUGUUCUCCCUCAGUCCUACCCAUUUUGAGGCCUGCACUUUGUAAGUCCAAGUGCUAGUUGGUAUUUACAAUCUUACUCAUACUCCUUUAGAAAUCUUCCCCCUUCAGAUGUUCACAGGUCAAACAGCUCUGUAUAGACGUUUGUGUGGUGUUUAUUGUUUUGUGUGUGUGAGAGAGAGAGGAGAGAGACCAGGAAAGAGCAUAACAAACCAAGAAGGCAAUGGGAAUAAAUCUAGACUCUAGUUACUGAUGUGCUGUCCAGUCAUGCAGACUCACCAAAUUGUAGGCUAGAUGCUGUCUUUAAUCCUCAAGAGUGGUCCUCACUAGCUACACAGCUGGAUAGUUUCCUGCUUUAGAUUAAGUUGAUUAACUUAUUUAAGCAAUUUAAUAUAAUAAAUCUUUGCAAAUGCAAAAUGUAAGAUUUUUCUUUUUUAGGAGGCACUCUUCUCAAGUUUCCUCUAGCGUGGUACAUUCUGGUUCCUGCUCCCCCAUCUCACUCACACACACAAAUGCCCAUGGUUUGCUCCUGUCUUUAAGCGUCCUAGUUGUUGUGGCAACUCUCUCUCUCUCUCUCUCUGUGACCCUGUGGAUUUCCAUGGCAUAAUUGCUGUGGUUGCUAUGGUACCAUGUUGUGCUGUAUGUACAGGUCACGCUCCUGGGACAGGAUAGGGAGGAUUGUGCCAGGGGUUGACUUGGGCUUGAUGGUUGAAGAAGGAACUCUUAAUAUCCUGAUCACACACAGCACCAUAGAUGCUGCAGAUGAAAAAGCCCUGCUAUGUUCACCCCCCACCCCGUGAUUUCUUGCACUGAUAAUGGAUGGAUAGCAGAGCAGAGGUCUGGGCUGGUAGCUACUGCUCUAUGCUGCUGCAUGGCCAGAGACCUGGGGUUGAAGAUCUCUCUGCACUUCUGCUGUGUUUAGAGGUGUUGCAGGUGAAGAAGCACUUUUCUUUGGAUGGAGCUGACCUGAGUUUUGGGCUACAGCUCCCCUCCCCUCUUGCUAAUGUAAAUUCCCUUUGUGUAUGUUUGUGUUGCUGGCUGUGGGGCGGGAAGUGAGGGAGAUGGAGGAAAGGCAUAGGUAGCAGUAUGUUCUCAGGGGUAGCAGUUUAGUUGGCUAUGCAGUUCAUGGUGGGAAUUCAGCUGCCUAGGUGUGCCUCCACAGUUACUGCUUCCUCCAGAAUACAUGGGUCUCUCCAGGCACCUCCCCCUGGAGCAUACAGGGUCACUGCUACAACACAAACUUAAUUUCUGGUCUUCUUAUAAAUAUCCUGAGUAGGCAAAUCUCCCAAUGCAGCUGGUCAGGAGUGGGGAGGGGCUCUGUGCAGGGCGUGGCUGGCAUGGGUUUGCAUAUUAUGGGCAGGGCUGCAGCUCCGUGCACACUGAUACUAUCUGCUCCUCGACCUGAAUCAACCUUUUGGAGACUCCGUAACUGAACAUGUCCUCCUGAGGACUUAUUUGGGAUGGUCCUCUGGAAAAUGCCAACAUCCUAAGGGUUAAGCUGCUGGAGCUGAGUGGACAUUGCCCAGGCACAGCAACAAUGGUGGCAUGGGGGGCAAAGUCAGUUUUGCUGCGUGGCAGGAUGCCCUCGGGGGGAGUGGAUGGGCUGCCUGGUCCAGAGAGCGAAAGCACAUGUGCAUGAGCAGCACCCGUGUUAGGAGGCAGUGCUGUCAAGUGGCUUGAUAUGGUGGUUAGAAGGCGGUGUUUGCCCCUCUCUUGCUUCUAUUACCAUGGAAGUGUGGGUUCUGCCGUAACUCAGAGAGGGGACACCAUCCUGCCAGGACUAUGCUGAAGCCUAAAAUGCCUGACCCUGAUAUGCUUUGGAGCCUGGCCCAGUAUCCAUGCAUAGCUGAGGUAACUGGUGAGAUCAGUGGCCCAUCAAGUCUGGUUGGUACACCAGCCCUCCUUUUGCCCCCUAUCCAAAUGGGUUCAGGCUGCCCCAUUGCUAUUCUAUGGGUGCAGUGUUACACUCCCGGGAGCGAAGUGGGAAGUCCUUGUGAGUCACAAGAGCCUCACUACUCCCCCUCUGAAGCUGAACGGUUCAAGGACUGGGGGUUGUUAGAGCCCCAUCCUUCUGCCACUGAAGUCAAUGGCAAAACUUGUAUUGGUGCUGUUGGGAGUGGGAUCUGGCCUAUCCCAGAGUGAUUCAUAAUAGGGCUUAACACCCUUUGGAACCCACUGGGCUGUGAGCUCCUGCACAUGUGUGCGAGAGAGGUGGAGGAAGGAAUGCUGUAGUCUGCUCAUCUCAUGCAACACCUGCCUCAGCCCUUGAGGACAAACUAAUCAGGGGACCAGGUUAUUCCCUCUUCCCCACUGGAAGCUCUGUCCUGAAUACUGAGGUAGCUCCACCACAUCCUCACUGCUGUUCUUUGGUUAAACAGCAGCAGCAACCCAUGUCUCCUCCCCGUGGAGCAACAAAUGCCAGAAACUGCAGCUCCCUCUUGCAUCCCGCCUGGAAUGGGCAGCUGGCUUGGCCACGACUAACUCUUUGGUUCUUUUGGAAGUAAACUAAAAACUUAGAAGUGUUUUUUGUGUUUUUUACAACUCUGGCGUGGUUCCCGCCUGUCUGACCUUGUGUCGACUUCUGUAACACUGGCAAUAAACCAUUCAAAGUGACUUUCCCAUG